CAAAGAAACAUCAGCAUCAGCACAAGCACCUACAGCGCCAGUCGACUUUCUCACAAACACAAAACAAAACAAGAAAAGUCUUGCCGCCAAAUUGCGAUCUUACAACACCGGCGGCUCACGACCCCAGACGUGUCGUGGGCUACACAGGCGGCUGCAGACACAAAUAUAAUCAAUCCCAACGGACGACCGUUUUAUUAUUAUCUUGUCUUGACCUCAAAGUGUAUUAUCGGCCCUUUGUGUCACGGGGAGGAUACGAAGCGGAAUCCGAAGACUGUCUGGGGUGCCGUUGCGCCUUGA